AUGACGAAGAAAAGAAAAAACAACGCGGCUGUGAUAUGGGAGGCGACGGCUAUCUUGAAUGAGAGAUAUGACAAGGAAAAGGAACGGUUAUGUUAUCUGGUACAAUGGGCUGGUGAAGAUGAACAUGGAAAUAAAUGGAAUCCAACUUGGGAGCCCGAUGUUAAUUGCGGUGCUGCUUUAAUAGACGAAUGGAACGAGAGAAAAAAAAGAAAUGCUAUCGAGGCAGGUAACAGUCAAAAAGAAAGUACCAUGGAUUUAGGUUAUCGGAAAAAUGAGAGCGCACCGAUGUUGCCAACGAGUAUAAAAGCACGAAGCGAUAUUCUUUACGGUUCACCAGUUGAACCAACAAAGAAAAAAUCAUUGAUUAACGGUUCACCAACCGAAAAUUUGCGGAACGUUAGCGAAAAAAAACGAACGCUUGACGAGCCGUUACUCGUUGACGCUACAUGUAUUAAUACUGACUAUAAAUUCCAGGAUAGUGAUGUUAAGUCAGCAAGUUGCUCUGUAUCUGAUGCACAUCUGGAAAAUGGUCAAAGUCAGAAAAACAUUCAGAAUAGUAAAGGCGUUCAAAGGAGGAAAAGUGAUCAUAGUACAAAAAGUAUCGAUAGAACUAAUUCGUCUUCAUCCUCAAAAUCAUAUGUGCGCAAUAAUCCAUCACCAAAAAGUCUUGAUAAAAGGCCAGCUCUUUCAACUGGAAGGGCUGUUACCAUUUUUAAAGUAGCUCCUGGUAAAGGAAAAUAUUCGGUUCGCAAUUCGGAUCGAAAGCUUGAUAACAGGAGUGAUACGACGACCACAGGCAGUUCUGAACGCAAUGUAACCACCAAAUCACCAAUUUUAGACGUUGAAUAUUCGGAUAAGUCGAACUUAAAUGAUAAUGGUUCCCAGCAGUUUUUCAAGCUUACACUUCCGUCACAAUCUGGUCGAUUAUUUAUCGCUAAACAGAUUAGUCCGCAGAUGAAUCAAACAAUACCAAAUAAGAGAAGUAAGUCUGCACAUACACUUACUAAUACUGACGUAGAAGAGAAACUAGCGUCGCAUAAAAAACCUCGUUAUGAAGAAUCGCUUUUCAGCGAAGAGGAGGAAACUAUAAUUUCCGGACAAGUUCUCACGGUCAAUCAGGUUAGACUUCCAAUAGAAGGUGAUAAUGUUAUAGUGACCAGGACUUUACAUAAUCCAUCACCAAAUAGCACACCUUCACCCAUAAAUGUCAUAAACGAUCCUAAAGUAUCAAUACAAAAAUCCCCUGAUGCAAGUACAAUGAUUCCGCUCGUUCGUGAAACUAGCGACUCCCAGUCUCCUAAGCUGCCUUCUAAUUCAUCUUCACAACACAGAGCAAGUAUCAUGGAGAUUGUUACAAGAAAUGUUAAAGCUUCCUCUUCGAGCAGCUUAAAACAAAUACAAUCUCCCAUAACACCAAAAAGUAAUAUAGAUGAGUCAGAAUUUUAUUUGCGGAGUCGGUCCUUGAAUAAAUUAGAUGGAAAAUUUAAAAAUGAUUCAUCAUCAAAUCUACUUAAAAAAUCUAAAUUCGAUGAUGCUAAUUCGACUCAGCUUUACACCGGGAAAAAACUUACUCCUACAUCGAGCGUCAAGAAUGGACCAUCGACUUCGGAUUCACGUACAUCACCGAAGAAAUCUGCGAAUGCUAAUAAUGCAGAUUCUGAUGAUAAUGAAGAAGAGGGCUAUAUUAUAUCAUCACGGUUGGUACCAUCAAACUCGAUUGAACCAGAAGUUCAUAAUCUUUCGCACACAAGUAAAAUAAGUAAUGAACCAAAUAAGGUGACACCUAUACAAAAACCAGUAAGUAUUUUCAUGCAUCAAUAUUCAUUAAUAUGCUACCGCACAUUUGCUUAUUAUAUGCUUAAUGUGAAGGUUACUCCCGAUGACCAAGGUGUGACCGAGGAAAUCGAGAAGCUACGGAAGGAGAUUUCCAAAAACAAAGAAGAACUAAAAACCACAAAAAAGAAUUUAAUCAAAGUUCAAGAAGAAUUAGAGAAAUACAAGAAACAAGACAAAAAACAGCAAAAUGAUCAAAAAAAUGCUAGCAAAAAAGUGGAUGUGUUGAAUGGAACCCCUAACACACGAGAUUGUGCACAAAAUGUUGAUAUUGCAUGUCAUGGUUUCAAUGAUUUCUCUGAAAUGAGGGAAUAUAUUGUCAGAGCAUUUGUUCGCAUAGAGGAGAUGAGCUCGAAAUUUGAUGCAUUGAGAAAUGAGUCGGACAAUGAGAUGAGGAUGUCAUCUCGUGAUGCAAGUUCUAGUAUUAAAAGGGAAAGGAUGAGACGAAUCAUUUUAGAGAAAGAAUUGGAGUUGGUGAAGGAAACUUCCAUGAUUUCAAAGGAUACCAUCAAAUUUUUGUCCGAGUUGAGCUUUUCGAUGGGACUAUCACUCAGAAAUUCCAAACAUAACUCUACCAAUGGCAACACCAAUGACAAUGGUCAUAAUUCGCAGAGUGUUAAUAAUAUUCAUGCAGCCGGUAACGUUGUUCGAUCCAAAAAGAAGCGCACAAGGAAACGGAAACGUAGUGGUGUAUAUGGUAGCAACCUUGCCACGAUUUUUGAUGAUAAUAUUAUCCUGCCCAAACAUUCGGUUUCCGAUACGUCGCCCUCAACCUCAAGUAUUUCUCCCAAUACACCACCCAAAAAUACUAUGUUCAAAAGUGCGAACACCGAUACGUCGCCCUCAACCUCAAGUGUUUCUCCCAAUACACCACCCAAAAGUUCUAUGUCUAAAAGAGCGAAUAUCGAUACGUCGCCCUCAACCUCAAGUGUUUCUUCCAAUACACCACCCAAAAAUUCUACUUCUAAAGGUGCGAAUACCGAUACGUCGCCCUCAACCUCAAGUGUUUCUUCCAAUACACCACCCAAAAAUUCUACUUCUAAAAGUGCGAAUAACGUUGGUGCUCGUCGCAAAUUUACCGCUGUUAGUGGAUUCCCCUCUACAACGUCCAUCCCCGACAGUAAUCCAAAUGGAAACAAGCAUACCACAAAGAUUACCUCAAUUUCGCCUACCAUUGAUCCAUCAUCAAGCAAAACUUUGUCUCUAAUCGGACAGGCGGACAGGCCACUCCAAAACAACGCUACCACAAGUUCAAAUCCAGAAAUGGAACAUGUAUCACGCACGAAUUCGUGUACCCGCUCACAAUAUUUUUGUGAUUGGAAUUUUUGCAAUCAAUCGUUUGAAUCCAAAGCAAGCUUGAGGUUACAUAUAAUCGAUGCACAUUUUGAAGAAGGUGCAAUCAAAUUAUUGAAACCUCACGUCCCGGAAUUAAACGGGUGA